UAAGGGUCUGAAUGAACCCUGUUGGAGGUUGCAAUUAAAUCUUUGUGGACAAAGGGCACACACACGCACACAUACACAGCAUCCUCAGAUAACAGGAGGCAAUAAAUCCAUCAGCACAUCCACGUUCAGAGAACAGUGUCCCUGCUGUCUUGCUAACAGCUGCCAAUACCUCACUGAGCGCCUCACACCAAGAUGGGCUCCAAGUGAGUUUCAUUCACCCGGGCAGACUCCCUCCCCUCUUCUGUAAAGGCUGCAGGAGACCUGUAGCUGUCACAGGACCUUCCCUAAGAGCCUGCAGGGGAAGACUGCCCCAGCCUGGCCCUCGCCAUGCUCCGGACUGUUCUGGUCGCUCCCCAGCGGUUGCUGAAGGAAGGGAGAGCAUCCCGGCAGCUGGUACUGGUGGUGGUAUUCGUCGCUCUGCUCCUGGACAACAUGCUGCUUACUGUGGUGGUACCAAUUGUGCCCACCUUCCUAUAUGACAUGGAGUUCAAAGAAGUCAACUCUUCUCUGCACCUCGGCCCUGCCGGAAGUUCCCCACAUGCCCUCGCCUCUCCUCCCUUUUCCACCAUCUUCUCCUUCUUCGACAACAACACCAUGGCUGUUGAAGAAAGCGUGCCCAGUGGCAUAGCAUGGAUGAAUGACACCGCCAGCACCAUCCCACCUCCAGCCACUGAAGCCAUCUCAGCUCCUAAAAACAACUGCUUGCAAGGCACAGAAUUCUUGGAGGAAGAGAAUACCCGGGUCGGGAUUCUGUUUGCUUCAAAGGCUGUGAUGCAACUUCUGGUCAACCCUUUCGUGGGCCCUCUCACCAACAGGAUUGGAUAUCAUAUCCCCAUGUUUGCUGGCUUUGUUAUCAUGUUUCUCUCCACAGUUAUGUUUGCUUUCUCUGGGACCUAUACUCUACUCUUUGUGGCCCGAACCCUUCAAGGCAUUGGAUCUUCAUUUUCAUCUGUUGCAGGUCUUGGGAUGCUGGCCAGUGUCUACACCGAUGACCAUGAGAGAGGACGAGCCAUGGGAAUUGCUCUGGGGGGCCUGGCCCUGGGGCUGCUGGUGGGAGCUCCCUUCGGAAGUGUAAUGUAUGAGUUUGUUGGGAAGUCUGCACCUUUCCUCAUCCUGGCCUUCCUGGCACUACUGGAUGGAGCACUCCAGCUUUGCAUCCUACAGCCUUCCAAAGUCUCUCCUGAGAGUGCCAAGGGGACUCCACUCUUUAUGCUUCUCAAAGACCCUUACAUCCUGGUGGCUGCAGGGUCCAUCUGCUUUGCCAACAUGGGAGUGGCCAUCCUGGAGCCCACACUGCCCAUCUGGAUGAUGCAGACCAUGUGCUCCCCCAAGUGGCAGCUGGGUCUAGCUUUCUUGCCUGCCAGCGUGUCCUACCUCAUUGGCACCAACCUUUUUGGUGUGUUGGCCAACAAGAUGGGUCGGUGGCUGUGUUCCCUAAUCGGGAUGCUAGCAGUAGGUACCAGCUUGCUCUGUGUUCCUCUGGCUCACAAUAUUUUUGGUCUCAUUGGCCCCAAUGCAGGGCUUGGCCUUGCCAUAGGCAUGGUGGAUUCCUCUAUGAUGCCCAUCAUGGGGCACCUGGUGGAUCUACGCCACACCUCGGUGUAUGGGAGUGUCUAUGCCAUCGCCGAUGUGGCUUUUUGCAUGGGCUUUGCUAUAGGUCCAUCCACCGGGGGUGCCAUUGUACAGGCCAUCGGUUUCCCCUGGCUCAUGGUCAUCAUUGGGGUCGUCAACAUCGUCUAUGCUCCACUCUGCUACUACCUGCGGAGUCCCCCAGCCAAGGAGGAGAAGCUUGCUAUUCUGAGUCAGGACUGCCCCAUGGAGACCCGAAUGUACGCAACCCAGAAGCCCACGAAGGAAUUUCCCCUGGGGGAGGACAGUGAUGACGAGCCUGACCAUGAGGAGUAGCUGCAGAAAGUGCUCCCUGAAUUCAUGACGCCUCAGUGACCACCUCUUUCCCUGGAACCAGAUCACCAUGGCUGAGCGCACAGCUCAGCGGGCUUCACAUACCUCUUCCUGGGAAUCUUCUUUCCUCCCCUCCCAUGGACACUGUCCCUGAUACUCUUCUCACCUGUGUAACCCGUAGCUCUCCCUCUACGCCUUGGUGCUGCAGUGGCCCAACUUUUAUGGCAAGACAGAGUGAUGCACCUUCCCCCUGCUGUGAGGUUGAUUAAACUUGAGCUGCGACGGGUUCUGCAAGGGGUGACUCAUUGUGUGGAGAUAGUAGUGAGCAAUGUGCCCCUGAAACCAGUGGAGCGACUGACAAGCCUCGUUUAUCUGUUGCCUGAUUUUCUCUGGCGUAGUCCCAACAGAUUGGAAGAGUGUUACCCUCUGUUCCUCAACAUGUUCCUUCCUGGGGUAUCCCAGCUGAGUUGAGAAAAUGUUCUCAGCAUUGUCCUGCUGCCAAGUGCCAGCUUGAAGAGGUUUUUUUUUUUGCAUUUUUCUUUAAUAAAGUGAGCGAUUUUUCUGUGGCUAAAUCUACAGCUGCUAAAAGGGCUUUACCCUCAGUGAAAAGCAUCUUCUAUUUUCAUUAUCAUUGGGAAAGAGGAGGAGUCCAUUUCUCUUCUGUUGGAGUUAUCGACAUUCUCCUGACCUCCCUGUGUGUUCCUGCCUUUUCUGAACUUCUUAGACUCUUAGAAACAAAAGUAAAAAUAAUUGAUUAGACCCAUGAUUUCAUGGGAAGAAGUGAAAAGAAACUGCCUUGAAAUCCCUCCCAGUUGUAGAUUUCCUAAUAGGAGGAGUGUAAUGAGACAUUGUUCAUACUUGCUAAUAAAUACAUUAUUGCCUAAUUCA